AUGUACUUUGAUGGCGAAAGUGACCUGCGCCCAGACUUUCGCCUCACGAGGGUGUCCUUCAGGGGUCUGAUGGCCGUCCUUGGGACCCAAAUGGACCAUGGCUGGGGGCCCACCAUCGAGGCCCUGGUCUUCUUAUUCUGGUUAGCCAGCGGGACCUCUUACCACGUCGUUACCAGAGCCUUUGCCACUGAGCACCGCAUGGUGCACAAAACCUGCCGGGAGGUCGUGGCUCUCCUCCCGCUGGUUGUCCUUCUUCCCUCGGCGGAGGACCUUCCUCAUCUGGGUGCUGGUUUUGCCAUCUGGGUCAGCAGCCUUCAACAAGGUUGUUGGCAGCACUGA